UGGCAGGUCAGGUGACGGUCACAUGGUGCAGUCAGCUGAUGCUAACGCUAACAAGCCGACUGACUCCAGCGGUAGAGACGGAUCUGACGGUCAGACAGGAUGCCUUUCUCCGAGCUCUAUUUUAACGUUGAUAAUGGCUAUCUGGAAGGGCUGGUCAGAGGAUUCAAAGCUGGAAUACUGUCCCAGGGGGAUUAUUUGAACCUCGUUCAGUGUGAGACCCUGGAAGAUCUGAAGCUCCACCUGCAGAGCACAGACUAUGGCAGCUUUCUGGCAAACGAGGCGUCUCCUCUCACAGUGUCCGUUAUCGAUGACAAGCUGAAGGAGAAGAUGGUGGUGGAGUUUCGCCACAUGAGGAAUCAGUCUUAUGAGCCUCUGGCCAGCUUCAUGGACUUCAUCACGUACAGCUACAUGAUUGAUAACGUCAUCCUGCUGAUCACGGGCACCCUCCACCAGCGGGCCAUCUCUGAGCUGGUGCCAAAGUGUCAUCCCCUGGGCAGCUUUGAGCAGAUGGAGGCGGUCAACAUCGCUCAGACCCCCGCCGAGCUCUACAACGCCAUCCUGGUGGACACGCCCCUCGCUGCUUUCUUCCAGGACUGCAUAUCUGAGCAGGACUUGGAUGAGAUGAACAUUGAAAUAAUUCGUAACACACUUUACAAGGCUUACCUGGAGGCUUUCUAUAAGUUCUGCUCCAACCUUGGAGGAACCACGGCUGACACCAUGUGUCCCAUCCUGGAGUUUGAAGCUGACAGGAGGGCCUUCAUCAUCACCAUCAACUCGUUCGGCACAGAGCUGUCCAAGGAGGACCGCGCCAAGCUCUUCCCCCACUGCGGCAAGCUUUACCCAGAAGGCCUUGCUCAGCUGGCCCGGGCAGAUGACUACGAGCAGGUCAAGGCCGUCGCUGAUUUCUAUCCUGAAUACAAGCUGCUGUUCGAAGGGGCCGGUAGCAACCCAGGCGACAAAACACUGGAGGACCGAUUCUUUGAGCAUGAGGUGAAGCUGAACAAACUGGCUUUCCUCAACCAGUUCCACUUCAGUGUCUUCUACGCCUACGUCAAGCUGAAGGAGCAGGAGUGCAGGAACAUCGUGUGGAUCGCCGAGUGCAUCGCACAGCGGCACCGCGCCAAGAUCGACAACUACAUUCCUAUCUUUUGAGCCUUCUCUUCCUCCUCCCUUUUUCCUUCCUCCUGUCAUUUCAUUCAGUCGUACGUCUUGAACAUUGUCUCGCAGUCCCACCUCGUGUUAAAGAUUCUGACGCUCUGAUGCUGAAUGUUCUGCAUUCUUCACUCGCGGGUGUUAAUUGAUUCCUGGCAUCCGAAUCUCCUGUUGGAGCGUGACUUCUAGCAAGGGCUCACGAAGUUAAACGCAUUAUCAACCGAAAUACAGAGCUGAAAAAUAACCAGAAAGCAGCAGCUUGGUCCAUUAUGGGGGGUUGUUGGUAUUAUCAGCUAGGCAGAUGAAGGAUGCAACUCAUUUGACUAUCAAAUAUUUUCCCUGAUUCUUAAGCCUAGUGUGCCUUUUUGACAGGCACACCCUCUCCACCUAACACAGCUCGCAAAAUACACUAGAGAAGAAUUUGCAAUUUACUAAGUACACAAAUUAAACCUCCAGCCACCAAACACCAACCAUCUUUUUGAGAUUGUGUUAAUCUCCAGGCAUAUGAAGCACUUAAAGGUGCAGUGUAAUGUAUAUUGUGGAUUCACCUUAGGAUAUCAGUAAAGGGCAAAGGUUAGGGUUUCAAAUCUGAACGUAAUGCGUCUGAACUUUAACCCGUCAUAAAAACAUUCCUUUUCAUAGCGUUAGUGUCUACCAUGUUCUGUACAACCUGUAUUUAUUUCUGUUUUAGUGCUAAGUUUUGUCAGCAUGUCUUAUCAUUACUGUGGUUUACCCCCCAAAAAAGUAACGAGUGAAGUGUGUGAGCUCCCCCCCUCCUCCACCUGAUUUGCUGUCUUAAAUAAAUUGUUGUUAGAUAUUAAAAAUACAGCAGCCAAACAGGAGCUUCCCCUCCUCGGCGUCCCCGUUCCUGUUUGAGUUUCUCUGUAAAUGAACGUACUGGAAUGAGGCGAAAAAUCUUGUGAGUAUAUGAAAGACUUAAUGUUAAAACUAUACAAAGAUAUAUAGAUAUUUAAAGAUGAAUAUAUGAUUUUGUUUUUUUCAUGCUGUAAAAAUUGAUCUGUUUCUGUUUCGAUCUGUUUCUUACUUGUGAAUGUGUACUGUAAAUGUGAUAAAAAAAUAAAUGGACGAAACUGUACAAA